ACCAAAGAAAAUGUUAAAACAAUAUAGGUCUUAUUUAAUUUACUGCAUUUCUUCAGGAAGGAACCACACCUGAGUCAUAUUUGGUUUCCCACCAAAGUCGGACUCAUUUGCAAAACGUCAAAACAGAUCACUGCGAACGCCCGACUGGUAGAAUGAUGCGGUACUGGGGUGAGAUCCCUGUGUCGGCGGUGACACCCAGCCGGAGCUCCUUUGACCUGCUGCAGAGGGAGUUCCGCUCAGUAGAGGUGCAGGACCCACCGCUGCACCAGCCUUCUGCCCAUCGCCCGCGCCCCACCACAAUGUUUGAUGUACCCUCCGAGCCUUGUAGCCUGACCAUACACACUGUGCAGCUCAGCCAGCAUGUGCGCCGGCUCCGAGGACUGCUCGCCGCUGCGCAGGGGCAACCCCAGGCCGAGGGGGGUGCUAGGCUGGAGGAGAACGAGACCUUGCCUGCUCGGCCCCCAACACCAGCCAUCCCCAAUGACCUGCUACCCCUCGACAGCAAGGCACCCCACCUCCCCUUCCAGCUUCUACACAGCGACCCAGAAAGUGACUUCUACAAGGGAAAAGGGGAGCCUGUGACGGAGCUGAGCUGGCCCUCUUGCCGGCAGCUUCUGUAUCAGUCAGUGGCCACAGUCCUGGCCCACGCAGGCUUCGAGUCGGCGCAGGAGAGCGUGCUGGAGAUGCUGACGGACGUGGCUCAUGAGCACUACCUGCGGCUGAGCCGGCUGCUGCGUGUGGCUGUGGACCGAGAGGCCCGCCAGGGCUCCACGCCUUUCCCUGACGUGGUUGAGCAGGUGUUCCACGAGGCUGGCAUCGGCAGCGUGCUGGCACUGCAGUGCUUCUGGCAGCACCGUAUCAAGGACUACCACAGCUACAUGCUGCAGGUAAGCAAGCAGCUGUCUGAGGAGUACGAGCGGCUGGUGAACCCAGAGAAGGCAGCGGAGGACGCCAAGCCCCUGAAGAUCAAGGAGGAGCCUCUCAGCGAUAUCACCUUCCCGAUCAACGAGGAGCUGGAGGCAGACCUGGCCUCGGGUGACCAGUCCCUGCCCAUUGGGGUGCUGGGGGCCCCCAGUGAGAGGUUCUCCACCGGGCUUGAGGGAGACAACUCCCCCCAUACAGGCGCGGUGGGAAACAGUUCCCCCUUGUGGAACCUCGCGCAUGUGAAGAUAGAGCCACAGGACGCGGAGGAGGGGCAGGUGCAAGGGCACGGCGUGCUGGGGGGCGAUGUCUUCGAGGAGCCCAUGUCAACCAUGAGCGAGUCCGGCAUCCCGCCCUCCCCCGAAGGGGCCGGCUCUGACGCCAGCUACGGCUCUCACUCCCCCGACAGCCUCAUGGGCACCUCGCCCGUCUUCAACCAGCGCCCUAAGAAGCGCCUCAAGAAGAUGUGAGAGAAGAGGAGCUCGCCCUGAAGAGCACCCCAAUUUCCAGCUGCUGGAACCUCACCCCACCCCAGCUAUUUAUCUGGACUAAAUUAGCUUCACCAGCAAACUUUAAGCGAUUGUCCUUGUGAAGUUUUCCUAAGAGUGGCUUUUUCCUUGGCCUGCGACCAUUGAGGCCUUCACCAUGCAAUACUCGACCUAUGGUUGAAAUGGAAACCCCAGUCCCACUUGCAGCCAAUUCACUUUGAGUAUCUUUGGCAGUCAAUCUCGGAUUGUUAUUAACCUUCCUCACAAUUCUUCUACUUGCUCUUGGUGAAAGAACCUUCUUUCUUCCAGACCGAGGGAGCGUUGUGACACUACCAUGAGUCUUGUACUUCUUGAUAAUAGAAAAAAUAGUUGAAAUUGGGAUAGUCAAAUGCUUGAAAUCUUCUUGUAUCCUUCUCCAUCUUUAUGUCAAUAAAUAAGUUUCUGCUUAAGGUCUUUAGAUAGCUCUUUACUUUUUCCCAUAUUGACUUAAUUGUAAUGACAGCAAUCAUCCUAUGCAUAACCCUUUUAUACUCUAAGAAUGUUCACCUACAAUCCAGCAUUUUCUAGACUUAGGUUCUGCAUUAUCAUAUUUAAAUUUCUAGCACCUUGUAGACAGUACUAUCAUAGCAUCAAAGAGUAUGAAGACUUUUGAAUGAGCAUUUUUGGAGUUUUGCAAAAAAAAUGCUGAAAUAGAUCAUUGUAGACAUCCUAUUUCUUGUAACUUUUUUAAUCACCCACAAAAUAAUUUUUCCUAAAAUUCUUUGUUUUCGAGAAAUUUCUAGAAAUGAUACAUUUCCAUUGGAGUAUGUAAACUUUUGACUACAACUGUGUGUGUACCGGUGUGUGUGUAGACACCGGAUUCUGCCGAGUCAAAGUCCAGGGGGCAUAAAGUGAUUAAAAAUCAUUGUGAGUCGGAGAAUAGAGGGCUUUAUUUCCUGGGUUUAUGUAAUCUCCAGUUUUCCCCACUAGAGGCCACUGUUUUCCAUAGAUUUCCGUGUAUUUGCUAAUGGGUCCUGAUCAUGUGUUGAUUGAACCUUGUUGUCUUUAAAGGGCUAUUAAGAUAAUCAACAAAUACUUUUAUUAAGAUACUUCAAAGACAACACUGUUGUGAAGAUUCAGGAUGAAAAAUUCUUUAAGACUAUCAACCCCAAACUUUGACGAAUACAGGUACUUCAAAAGUUCAAAUAUAUCACAAUGGUGUAUCAAUAAUAUAUAUAUAUAUAUAUAUAUAUAUAUAUAUAUAUAUAUAUAUAUAUAUAUAAUUAGUGUGCAUCUCUGUAUCUUCACUUUUUACAACUGCAGUCACCAGCAGGAGUCUGUGAGAUUGUUAUUGUAUCCAAGGUCGCAGGCUAGCAGCUUGAACACAAAUCCACAGUUGCUCUAAGACAGGGCAGAGGCGAUGAACUCAAAAGGCAGGGUUUUGUCUUUUCCAGUCCAGUUUCAGUGGUCCACUUGUCAUUGUAGAUCAAGCAUCUUCUCUUUCAAAAUAAAAUUAAAAAUGAAAAA